GCGCGAGGGAGGACCAAUAGAGAUUUAGUGGCCUGGGUAAACUACGGUUUACCUCAUGAAUAUUUAAAGCGUUGGUUAAUUUUGUUCGCUCUAUUCGAAUUUAUGUUUUCAAGUCCUAAGAAAGGUCUGGGAUAGCUAGACAAUAAUGUCAAAACGGAAAAUUGCUGGUGGUGAUGAGACAGAGCUGGGAUCAUUUUCGGAGUAUUCAAAGCGGAAGGUCCGGUUCAAUGACAAGGAAGAAGCGAAAGAAGGUCUAGCUACCGGGAGAGGUGAACAGAGUGAAAAGUCAAGCCGUUUUAAUGAGAAACAUUCACUUGACAGUGAUGAGGAAGACAAUACAGCUGAUCCUUCUGCUUACAACAUAGAUGAAGGUGACCUUGUUGAAGGUUGUGAAGACAGAACACUGGAGUCUGAAGGAGGUAUGAAAUUGACACCGUUCAACCUCAAAGAGGAAAUGCAAGACGGCUACUUUGAUAAAGAGGGAAACUAUUUUGAAAAGAAAGAGGAUGAAAUUAGAGACAGCUGGAUGGAUGAAAUAGAUUGGGUGAAGAUAAAAGAACGAGAAGGAGGAGAAGAGGGUGCGAAACAAAAGGAUGAAUCAAAGAUGGGAGGAACUGAUCAGGAUGAGGAUGUAGAUGAACUUGUUAUUCUGAAAGACAUAUUAGUUUUCCUUAAACCUGGAGAAACUGUUUCUAAAGCAGUCCGUCGCUUAGGAGGAGGAAAGCAAUCGUCAGAUAGACGUUGGCAGAACAAGAAAAACAAAGAGAGAGGGAAGAUUGCAACUGAUGCAGCUGUGAAUAAAGACGAAAUGUUGAAGCUAACUGAACUUGUAGAUGAACUUGUUGCCAAUGGCAACUAUGAGGUGUAUCAAUACACCUAUGAAAAAAUUAGUCAUUUACUUGAAGCAAAGAAAAAGAAGGAGACGAAAAGAAAAGCUGAUGCUUUUGAUAUGUUUGCUGAUGAUGUUGACGAAGAAAAGUUAAACACAUAUAACCAGGAUGAUUUGAAUGGAAGUGAGAAGAGUCAAAUAGCAAUUGAUGAAGUAUUGUGGGAGUAUAAAUGGGAAGACAAGGACAAUGCAGAGAUUCAUGGUCCAUUUAGCAGUACCCAAAUGCAGGAAUGGGUGGACAAAGACUUCUUCCCUGAUGGAGUGUUAGUCCGCAAAGUUAAUUCGGGAGCAAAUUUCUACACGUCUAAACGAAUUGACUUUGACUUGUAUACAUAAUUUUCUUCUAGGUAAAAUGAGCCUUAUGAACAACUUGCUAUAUCAGCUCUCCAGAGUAAUAUUAAAUAAUAUUAUUACAUUUGAUUUUACACAUUUCUAAACUUUUUAGACUUUAAGCUACGUUCACAUCAAGCCCGGAUUCCGGAGAAAAAAUCAUGAAAAAUGGGUUCAGCAAUAAAGAAUAGGACCGUCCACAUCAAAUUCAUACGAUUUCUAAUCCAGACCGAUGGAUCUGAGAGCCAUUUGUAUCCUGAAAUCGUACGUUUUUUUUUCCAUGGACCAAUCAGCAACAAGCUUGGUUGGUUUGAACCAAUCAAACACAUACAUACUUAAAACGAAUAACCGUGUUACGUGCGCAAUGUGAACGCAGCGUACAAAAACGUAGCAACUCACGUUUUUUUGUCCGGGCUCCGGACUUGCCUUCCCAAAACCAGCAUCAGUAAUCAAAAGUAUUAAAAUGAUGGGUCAUUUACUGGAAUGAUCUAAUACUAUUGCCAACCAAAGUUAUGAGUAAAAGUAUUACGGCUUCUCUAUGCUAACGUACACACUACUGCCACAUUCUUGUGCUAAUUACUCUACUUACAAUACUGUAUACUGGUUUUGGAAUGGCAAGCCUUAAAUAAUGUUUUGUUGCUCAUGGCACCUGCAAAGACAUACAGUAAAUAGAAUGCUGAUACUUCAGGAGCACAGUUAUAAGGCCCCAUAAAAAAAAUUAUUAGUUUAUCACCCAUCAAAGAAUAAAAAACUGAUGAGGGAGGGAGGUUUUUUUGCCAACCUCCUACAUUUUACCGAUGUUCUCAAGUAAAUCAAUGGUUAG